GACUACAAGUAACACCUUUUUUAAUAUUUUUGUAUGUUACGGCUUGUAGCAGUGUGUUGGUAAGUUAAAAAGUUUCUAGCGCCUUUUGUUCAUUUGACCCUCGACGGACACCGUCACAUGAUGUAAACAGUGCUGCGUUUACAGACCGACUGUUGCACAUAUACGUUCCUGGGAAGUUUCGGACGAUCCAUAACUUCUAAAAUGACAACUUUACACAAUCCUACAAUAUGGGAAAUAUCGGAUUCUGAUAAUGACGGCGAUGAAGGGGCACAAGGCGAUUUGAAACGUAGCAGUAAUGCAAAGCUGGCUUUAGCUCCACCGCUAUCUGAUGGCUAUAAACGGCCUAGUCAGACAAGAAAACGUCGCUCCAAAGAGGAGAUGGAGGCGGAUAAGGAAAAGGGAAGGGGAAUGAAGGAGGCUAGAGAGAGAAAGCGAGCUGCUAAGGAGCUAGAGAAGGAGGAGAAGAGAAAGCAGCAACAGAAGAGGAAAGAAGCUGCAGAACAGCUGAACAGUUUAAAGCCAGAGAAUUGCCUCAAAUAUUUGACCGUCUGUGUAGAUCCAGCUCUUCUGCAACAGGAGGGCUCUGACAUUCUUUUGGGCACCUUGUCGUCAUGUGAGUGGAGAUACAUUAUUGAACAACAGCAAAUUCCCAACAGCAUCACCUGGACAAGGAAUUUACCUCAGCAGGGUGAGGAUGGCGGUGCAACAAUGGAGGAGGACCAGAUGGUGCAGGUGCUAAGUACAACCCAAUUCUUGGACAUGGUUAUCACUGUGAAAAAAAUGAUUGACAGUGGAGGAGGGGAUUCCGCCAUCAGUCGUGAUGCUGCGAAGGUGCUUACUCUCUUAGUGACCGAGUCCCGGCCAGAUUACAGGAGGCGUGGUCAUGAAACAAUACAGUCAAAAUAUGGUGGGGAGAAUCUGAAUGUUGAAGAGCUGUAUAAAAACAUGUCCGUGGUCUUCCUGGAUGGUUGGCAGGAAGUCACAGACCACAUCUGCGCGGUUACAAAGUCCCUGUCCAAGCGACCAUUGAAGUUGCUCACGGAGAAAGUGGACUUGCCCUUCUGCGUGGACGGCUCGUGGGCCAGUGGGGUUCGAGUGGAGAAGGAUGGCUCCGGGUUGAAACAAGUAUGGAGCAAGCAGAUCCAGCAGCUGAACAGAGUGAGUCCGGCUGUAGCGUCGUGUGUGACCGCCGCCCACCCGUCACCUCAACUGCUACUGCAGGCAUACGAGGCCUCAGGCUCGGAAGAGGACAAAAAGAGGCUGCUGGCUGGUCUCGUAGUCGAGGGCGAAGGCAAAGACAGGCGGAUCGGGCCGGAUAUAUCUGCUAGAGUUUACCGCUGCUUCACCACUCAGAACCCUGAGCUGGUCCUGGACUAACUUGGAUGCUAAACCAAGUGGAUUGUCGGUGCUGUUAGGUUACAAAUAUACUGUGCUAUGUUCCAAAUGAUAGAACUGACACAGAUCAUGUGAUGAGAGAGUCUCUCUCUUUGUAUCAUCUUCAUAAUGAUUCCAUUUAUAAAUGUGCAGAUUUUGUCUUUAGGCUUUUAUUUUACUUGAUCGCAUGAGUAAGAAAGUUCAUAACAAACUUUGCAGAUACAAAAAGUGUCGUAUCAAAAAGCUCUUGUUCCUGUUUUUGGUCUAAUGUGUUAAGUAUGUCUUAUAAUUACAAAUAAUAAUUAAUAAUUACAAAACAUCCUUGAAAGUAUGUACUAGUUAGUACUGCAUUGACCCAAAUACAAGAUGCUGUAUUUUCCUUAGAAAGAAGUCAGCUGUCUUAUUUUAUUACUAUAUGUACAAUUAUGUAUGUCUGAGCUUUUCUUCCUGUCACACACACACUAUGGAGAGUUGUCUUUACUCGUUUUUCUAAAAACUGGGUGGUCUUGUAUUCAGGUUAACACAGUAUUUGCCAUUGCAGGUUCAGAUAUACAAUAAACAAGUCAAAUGUU